UCAAAAUCGUCAACAAUCACUCAAAGGCAGAAAAUUUUGUUUGUCAUUCGUUGCUGCGGCUUAAAGGUUCGAUUGUUUCUCGGCAAGUUUGUUGUAAUUCAUCGCGUAAAAAUGGAAACUCUAAUCGGAAUUCGUGGUCCCGACUUUGUCAUGCUAGCAGCAGACUGCACACAUGCCCAUUCCAUUAUGGUUCUCAAAGAUGAUGAAAGUAAAAUCUACAAGAUUUCUGAUAAUCUGAUGAUGGCAACGAUUGGAGAGGCGGGUGACCGAGUGCAGUUUACGGAGUACAUCAGCAAAAAUAUUCUGCUUUAUAAAAUGCGCAACGGAUACGAGCUGGGCCCGAAAUCGGCCGCUCAUUUUACACGGAAGAAUUUGGCCGACUAUCUGCGAUCUCGCACACCGUAUCAGGUCAAUGUUCUGGUAGGAGGAUAUGACGCUGCGGAUGGCGCACAGUUGCACUACAUCGACUACUUGGCAAACUCACUGCCGGUGAAGUACGCUGCUCACGGUUACGGUGGACUGUUUGUGUCCAGUAUUCUUGACAGGUACCACCACAGCAAGAUCUCGCAGGAUGAAGCGUACGAAAUCAUGAAGAAGGGCGUUACAGAAAUUCAAAAGCGAUUGAUCAUCAACUUACCCAACUUUAAAGUUUCCGUCAUCGACAAGAACGGGAUCAAGGAACUGAAGGAUAUCACUGCCGACAGCUUGAAGGCGGAAACCGUUGCGGCUUGAAUCUUUUGUUUUUGGUGAUGGUAAGAGUAAGCUGUUUGAACCCAAUUGAGUAUUGGGUGUAGAACAAUAAAUUUCAAU